CUUGGCCAGCCUCAUCCACACUCGUCUUCUCCAAGCUUUCCUAGAAACCCUAAUUCUCUGCAAGAGAAUGCAAAACAGCCAUGGUGAGGAGCAAGAUUGCUAUACCACAGAAGUUCAACCGCCCAAAGGUCUCAAAAUACCAUCCCUCCUGGUUCAAAAAAUACUGCCAAGUACGCAAGAAACUUCAAGAAACAAGGGCGGAGAAGGAAACAAUGGAGAAUCAAGGGUCUUCAGCGCAUAUCACCCACAUGCAAGAGCAAGAAGAUGAUGUAGCACAUGUACCAGCCCCAUAUCUACCACAGGUGCUCUGCAUAGAAUACCACAAAUCUGAGGAAGGAGCGGAGACCAUUGAAGUGUUGAAACCAGAUUCAGCACCAACCAUCAAUGUGCCAACCCAGUCUCCACCAGAUGCUCCAGUUCAAGAAGACGAAGAGUUCAUCAAAAUUCUGGAUGAAGAACCUCUUGUCGCAGUCUCAGAAGUCCCAUUCCAAAAGGAAUCCGUAAUAAAGAAAAGCAAGAAGAAAGUGGUUCCCAGUACAAUCCCUCAACGAAGAUCUAAGCGGAAGUUGAAGCUAGAGGAAGAAUCAACUUCAGAAGCACCACCUCAGAAGAAGCAAUCAUCAUCCUCCUCUCAGAUGGACUCUGCAGCAAAGAUGGAGGUUGCUGGUCCAACAACUGCAAAAGACAGAAAGACACCCUCCUUGGUGAGAUUCUUGAAGCAGAAACUGAUACAGGUCAAAGAAGAGUUAGCCAGGACCUCACAGCUGAAAGAGAAAAUAGAUAUUGAAAAAGGUCACUUGGUGGUCUUGUUGCGCCAGGCUAGGGAGGCAACUCCAGAUGUGGAGCAUACAGACACAGAGGAGGAGGCCACUGGAAGCAUGCAUUCUGAUGAAGAGGAGGGUCACUCUGAGGGGGAGAGUGAGGAAGGGGAUUCCACUUGAUAUGAUCUUGAUCUCACAAAACUCUGUUUUAUCAGCUUGUCUUUGUGUUGAGGUUGGUUUUACCUCUGGAUUAUGUGUUUUUGCUCUAUUAUGACUUGCUUGUGGAUUCAAAUGUUUUGAUUGGGAUUUGCUGAUGCUAGAUAUGACCUAUGGUU